ACUUAAUUAAGAUAAACAUUGUCAAAUUUAGUUCAAUUGAGCUUGUCUUAUAAACCAGUAUAACCGAUCCCUGCUAAGUUAAUCAUCAUUUGUGGUCGACUCAAAAAUCGCAGCCAAUCAGAUUUGAUUUUGACGACGCAGUUUGAUUUUGACUCAUUCUUGCGCACCCCUUUCGUAGAGUUUUGAAAACUUUAUUAUUCAUAACUUUAGUUACUAUCUAAAAGUUUCUACUUAACACAUUUCAACUUGAUUCUGAAAAACAUUCAGCUUUUUAUUUGUGUAAUAAACUCGAAUCAUGCCCAGUUCAGCGCUUCCCACUUUUCGAAACUUGCCUCUCAAUCUCCCCAAAAGUAGGUCUGAGGUCAUGACCCUUUGGGCUAAUUUGGGUGCCCAUGACGCCGUCUGUUUUGACGUGGACUCCACCGUGGUCCAGGGAGAAUUCAUAGAUGAGCUGGCCGAUUAUUUGGGAGUUGGGAAUCGAGUGCAACAGGUAACUAAGAAUGCCAUGGGAGGCAACAUGAACUUCAGAUCAGCUCUGCGAGAAAGACUCAACAUCAUGAAGCCUGACCUAAAAUCUGUGGAAAAUUUCAAGCUGAACAAUGAUUUGAUACUGACAACUGGAAUAGAGGAACUUGUGAAGGACCUCCAACGUCGAAAAGUUGAAGUCUACUUAGUCUCCGGUGGUUUCCAGUCAUUAAUUUUACCUCUGGCCAAACAAAUAAACAUUCCCGAAUCCAAUGUUUUCGCGAAUAAACUUCUCUUCAACUCGGCGGGCGACUACGCUGGCUUCGACGAAACAGAGCCGACUUCGAUGUCGGGUGGGAAAGCACUGGCAGUCUCGGCGAUCAAAGAGAGGGGUGAACAUAGACAUGUGAUUAUGGUGGGCGACGGAGCCACCGAUGCAGAGGCUUGUCCGCCAGCGAAUGCAUUCAUUGGGUUCGGAGGAAACGUAGCACGAGAAUCGGUCAAGAACAUGUGUCACUUGUACGUUCAUUGCUUCUCCGAGUUAUUGAACCCUUUGAACUCGAAAUCAAACUGUGAAUUUAGCAGCCGGACAAAAAUGACCAACACAAAUAGCAUAUCAGCUCAGAACUUCGAUCAGGGAAAAUGUCCGUCGGUUGUGAUCCGAUGACUGAAAUAAACGAAACCAAGAUUCACACGGCAAUACCUUAUAAACUUCAAUCACGGUCAAUUACUCGGCUUUUAGUAAAUAAUGACAUUUGAAUCAAUUUUUCACAAUUUGUCAUUUUUUGUACAAAUUGACUAUU